UGUCUGCAUGAAGAAAGACGAGGUGUAUCAUAUUUAGUAUCAUUAAGUAACAGGUGUCAUUUUUUUUGUGAUUUGAACGAAUUUGUCGAAGCAUGAAAAUCAAGUGGUUGUCAAAGCAUUUAGGCUACGUUUUUAUAAAAAUGCUGUUUAUGUUGAGGUGAGUUGCUGUGGAUUGGUAAUUUUUUUCAUCUUUUUAAUGAACAGGAUGGGGAAGAAGCCAGUGGGACUUGAACGAGGUGCUGAUUUCGAAUUUCAAUUCACUUUUUUAGAAAUUCCUGGAGCCUCCAGCAGAUUUUCAAAACUUCAAAUUCCCACAACAUUUUUCCAAAUGAAGUUAAACAACAGAGAUUUAUUCUAUUUACGAUUGCAGGUGAUUUCAAGUCGUUUUGGAACCUCCAGCGACUUUUUGGAAAUUUCUGGAGCCUCCAGCAGAUUUUCAAAACUUCAAAUUCCCACAACAUUUUUUCAAAUGAAAUCAACAAACAGAGAUAUGCUCUAUUAAGUCGAUUUCAGGUGAUUUCAAAUCGUUUUGAAACCUCCACUGACUUUUUGGAAGUUCCUGGAGCCUCCAGCAGAUUUUCAAAACUUCAAAUAAUUCCCACAACAUUUCUUCAAAUGAAGUUAAAAAACAGAGAUUUAUUCUAUUUAGUCGAUUUCAGGCGAUUUCAAGUCGUUUUGGAACCUCCAGUGACUUUCUGGAAAUUCCUGGAGGCUCCAGCAGAUCUUCAAAACUUCAAAUUCCUACAACAUUUCUUCAAAUGAAGUUAAAAACUGAGAUAUACUCUAUUAAGUCGAUUUUAGAUGAUUUCAAAUCGUUUUGAAACCUCCAGUGACUUUCAAGAAGUUCCUGGAGCCUCCAGCAGAUUUUCAAAAUUUCAAAUUCCCACAACAUUUUUUCAAAUGAAGUUAAAAAACAGAUAUUUAUUCUAUUUAGUCGAUUGCAGAUGAUUUAAAGUCGUUUUGGAACCUCCAGUGACUUUCUAGAAAUUCCUGGAGCCUCCCGAAGAUUUUCAAAACUUCAAAUUCCCACAACAUUUUUCCAAAUGAAGUUAAACAACAGAGAUUUAUUCUAUUUAGUCGAUUGCAGGUGAUUUCAAGUCGUUUUGAAACCUCCACUGACUUUUUGGAAAUUCUUGGAGCCUCCAGCAGAUUUUCAAAACUCUAAAUUCCCAUUAAAUUUUUCCAAAUGAAAUUAAAAAACUGAGAUAUACUCUAUUAAGUUGAUUUCAUUUCGAAUUUUUAUGCAUUUUUUCGAUACAAGCUCUCUGGACCUCUCAAAGAAGUCUUUAAUUUUAAAAAAAUUUAAAAAAUCGAGUGACCUAUGCUUUAUUAGGGUUUUUUGGAUGUUAGUGUCGAUUUUCAUCGUCUUUUUUUGAUACUAGCUUCUUCAGACCCUACAAUGAGCCCUCAAAUUUCAAAAAUAUUGAAAAAUUCGAGUGACCUAUGGUUUACAGGGGUUUUAAAGGUGCUGAUUUCGAAUUUACAUUCAUUUUUUCGAUUUAAGCUCCCUGAAUCCUACAACGAACUCUCAAUCUUGAAAAAAAUUGAAAACCUCCAACCUUAACAUAAUUUUCUGCUCCUCUCAACAGAAGAAUCCAAUUUUCCCAUCUUUCUUUUUCUAAGAGUUAUUUUGCCAGCAUUUGAACGAUCUCAUCUUAUUUUGCUAAUUUUUUGGAGAUUCUUCGUCUGCCACAGAUCAAUCAUAGCAGAUUGAAAAAAACCACAAACAAUGCGAGUAUUUUCCACUCAUUUUCAUAUUUCUCGUUUUGGGAAUCACUCGGCAUAUCUUAUGUAAAAUAUACCUGCGUACGAUAUAGGAGGAAGGAAUAAACCACAAACUAAGGCAUGAAGCACAGUCAGUAACUGCAGGCGUAUCGUUGUUAAACAAAUCCAUUUUAACACUCGCGUGCCAUCAACAUCAACGUUGAACGAACGGUUACUUUACUCGAGCCGCAUUGUUUAUCAUUUGAAGAACAUUAAUUUAAACCAUAAGUACGCGCAAUUACGUCGAACACAUCUGGCCGAUGUCAUUUGUCGAAACGAUCCGAUAAUCAAGCUCUCAUCAAAAGCGCGUUUUGUGGUAGAGAAGCGUAGUUAUAUCUGUGCAUGUAUUGGUACAUAGUACAGUGUAAGGUACUUUUUUUUAAUCCAGUACCUGCACAAACAGCAGAUAUGAGCUGCUGCUACAAAAUUGUAUACCUAUACAGAUAUUAUAGGUACUUAAGAGUACGCUGUAUGCAUAAAGCGGACUCUGCGCCGCAAUCGUUAAGAAGAAGAGCAACGGAGAACUUCCUAUUACGAUUCAUUAACCGUGACAUUCGUGCAUUUACAUUAAAAACCACUUUUGUGGACUAAACUCGGCGAAGAAAAUAAUAAAAAAAACACCUGAACUUGCGUCCACGAGUUCGUAGUACUUGUUCGAUGUGCGAUUACGGUUGAUCCGAAGCUCGUGCACGAGUUCAAAGGAAGUCGAAGUCGAAGUCGACGUUUCAGCAAUACGAUUUAUACGGUAAAUAUCCGCUGGGGUUUUUGAUUCCGAUUACUCAGUCUUAAGGGGUACGCCACCGCAAUGUAGACUUGUAUUUUGGGUUCCAGUUCGACUGGUCUUGCCAAUGGAAAUAAUUCUGUCUAAUUAAAAUGUCUUUUUUUGUGUAAUGCUGUUGAUUAGGUAUAAAUGGUAAUGGAACGAGAUCGACAAAAUGCUUUUGAUAUUUGAAUCGAUUUCCUCCCUAUUUUGAGGAAAUUCUUGAACAAUUUUUGGAGAUUUUUUUAAAUGAGUGGAUACCUAGAGAACUAGAUGAUCUACUUUCGAAAAGAUUUUUGAUGGAUUUUUUGCAAGUUUUUCAACAUUUUUCCACAAACGAAUUCAUUUAUUGAUGGAGAUCCUUGAAAUAACAACGAUCAAAGAAAUUGUGAAAUGGGGGGGGGGGAGGGUGAAUUAUUUUCAAACGUUAUGAAGGGUGAAUUAACUAAUCGACAACAUUUUAUUAAUUCGCCUGGAAAAAGAAUAAAGUUUCCAUCCAUCUAAGGGAGGGGUACAAUAGACAUGAAAUUUUGAUCAAUAAUUCCAAGUGAUCUGUCGAUGCAAUAGGUAAUUUCUUGAAUUAGGCUUUUCAGUUCUCAAUGCACCUUUUAUUAAACACUUAUUUUUUUCAAAAUGAGGAGCUGAGAAGAUACCGAAGACAGGGACGAAGCAAGAAGAGGGCUAGAGGGGGACCUCCCCCCUCCCCCCACUCGGUUCUGCGAAAGUUGGGAAAAGUUGAGAAAUUGUGAGCAAUUCAGACAUUUUCGAAUUACUGAAAAUAAUUAGUACUUUUUCCAAAUGUUGGCUGAAAAAUCGUGACCUCUCACAAAUUUCUGAUAAAAAUUAUGAUUUAUUCAUUAAAAUCCAGAAAAAAUCAAAAGUUUUUGAAUUUCUCCCUUAAAAAUGCAAAUUUUUCCGAACGGGCAAACAUUGGAGCUUUUUUGAAUUUUUUUCAAACUUUAAUAAAAAUUAGCUGAGAUUACCUUCCCUAUUUUUUUAUACUUUUGAAGAAAAAAAAUCAGGUCGAUUUCAAAAUUGGUACUUACUUUGAAUUUCUGUCAAAAAAUGAGGAUUUCUUUCCAAUUUUGGCUAAAAAAUCGAGAUUUUUUCAAAUUGCUGACAAAACUCAUAAUUUCUUUGAAUUUCUGAUAAAAACCCAGAAUUUUUUAAAAAUUUUGGUCAAAAACCAAGAAUUUUUGGAAUCUAGACUCGCUUAAAAUGCUAGAUUUUCUCAAAUUUCUGGAAAAAUAGGAUUUAAAAAGAGUUUUUCUCGGCUGGAAUCGGGAAUUUUAUCAAUUCCUGGCAAUGAAAUCAGGAUUUCUCAAAAUCUCUGGUUAUGAAAAUCGAGACUAUUCACAUUUCUGGCAAAAAUCAUGGAUUUUUUUUCGAACUCUGCCUGAAAAAUCGGGCGUAUUUCUUUCUGAUAAAAAUCAUGACUCCUAAGAAAUCCUGAUAAACAAUCAGGACUUUCUCGACUGUGACAAAAAAAUGGGGCUCUUUUAAAUUUCUGGUAAAAAAUCUCGACUUUUUUAAAAACUCGACUAAAAUCAGGACUUUAUUCAAUUUCUGGCAAAAAAUCAGAAUUUUUAAAAAUCUCAGGUUAGAAAAUGGAAACUUUUUCGAAUUUUGUAACAAAAAUAAGGAUUUUUUUGAAAUCCUAAAAAAAUCAGGAUUUUUUUGAAUCUUGCAAGAAUCAAAACUUUUUCUUAAAUUUUGGCAAAAAUCCUGAUUUUUGGAUAAAAUGUUAGGACUAUUUUACCCCACCAUCGAGAUUUUUCGUAUUUCUGGCAAAAAUCAGCAAUUUUUUCGAAUUCUGGCUGAAAAAUCGAGUUUUCUUUCUGGAAAAAAUCACGACUCCUGAGAAAUCCUGAGAAAUCCUGAUAAGCAAUCAAGACUUUCUCGACUCUGACAAAAAAAAUGGGGCUAUUUUGAAUUUCUGAUAAAAAAUCUCAACUUUUUUAAGAACUCGACUAAAAUCAGGACUUUUUUCAAUUUCUGGCAAAAAAUUAGGAUUUUUUAAAAUCUUAGGUUAGAAUAUGGAAACUUUUUCGAUUUUCUGGCAAAAAUCAGGACUUUUUGAAAUCCUAAAAAAAUCAGGAUUUUCUUGAAUCUUGCAAAAACUAAGACUUUUUUAAAAUUUUGACUAAAAUAAUGAUUUUGGACAAAAAAUUAGGACCGUUUUAUCCCCCACUACCAUGAUAAAAAUUUUUGAAAAAAAUCGUGUUGAAAGGCCCAUGCUUCCCCUGCACAUUCAGCGUGGUAUCAGAAUUUUCUCCCCAUUACUCAUUCUCUUUGUUUUUCACUUAACUUGGAAAUUUUCAGUCAAAUCAGUUGGAAAUUUUUUGGUUUUGCCCCCCUCCCCCCCGCUGCAAAGCCAUUUCGCUACGUCCCUAACUGAAGAAUUUAAACCAAAAAAUGAGCAAGAUAUUCAAAUUCAGCAACCAACCUCAAUUGUUGUCAAAUUACCUAAACUAUACUAUGGCCCUUUUUCAAUAGGUACAUUUCCACUGCACAAAGUAUCGUGUGAAUUUUUGACUGGUACUCGAUCCCAAAUCCAGUCAACGAAAGAAGACCUCUGGAAGGAAAUGCGUGUUAGUAAAUAUACCUUGUGCUGUAGUAAGCAAAGGUGUCGAUCUGUUAAAACAAAGGCACCGCGUGUCCAAGCUGAGAUUGCAUAUAGGUGUGAUUUCUAGACUGCCGAAAAUUGGUCCGGGGCGCAUCUAGGGGUGUAAUCAAGCCUCCUCAAAUGGAAAUUAUACCGCUGCUGCUACCUCUCUUCACACCUUUUUAGCGCUAACGAGCCUCUUGAAAAGCUGAUUAGAGCUGUCAGUUUGGUGUGGAAAUUAUAGGGUUGUGAGGUUUAACACCUUGUUAGUGGUAAUCAUAUACGAGUAUAUAGGACGUAAUUCGUAGGACAGUGUAUAGCUCUACGUAUACUUAGGUUAGGUACCUUAACACCUCACGGACGUGAUAACGUUAUAUUGAUACCAAUUCUCGAUUAAGUAGAUGUGCUCAGGCAUCAGCCACCUCCUGGUUCCAAAUUAUCAUCUAUAUGCUAUAAAUCUUUAUCGUUAACUAGGUUCUGCAGCUGGGAGACUGGCUACCUUUUUUUACGUAUUAAUGUAUAGGUAUUGGAGUCCUUGUUUGGGUAUUAGCAGUUUUUCAUUUUCUAUGUUUAAAUUUUGAAGAAGCUGAGUCUUUUCUUUUGCCUUUUUGAUUUUUCCAAAGGGGUGAGUUUCUCCAAAAUAAAAUUACUGAGUUGUAAUUUUUUGAAAAUGAGUAUUCAGCAAUUUGUUUCUUGACUAUACUUUUUGAAAUUUUUUCAAAAUUCGUAAUCAAAUUUUCUGCCUGAGGAGGAACUUGACUUUUUUUGAAAAUAGUUUUUUCAAAAUUCUAUCAAAGGAAAGUUGUUUGAACAGUUGAAGGUUGAAGCAUUUCAACUGUGGAUGUGUUUUGAGACUUCUGGGGAAAUAUUUUGGAACACAGCGGUGCCAAUUUUUCACUCAGUGUUGUCAAUUUCAAAAAAAUAAUAAAAAUUAGCCAAAAAAUUACCGAAUUAAGAAUCCAAAAAUGUUGUUUACCGAGGUUUCGGGACAUGCUGUUUCGAAUAGCUUGAUUUUGUUCAAUCUGAAGAGUGUAUGUUCAAAAAUUCCCUUGUAAAUUAAUUUUGACAGUACCUGCAAUCGUCCCUUCAGUGAAAAAUACACCUGUUUGAUUUUACUAGGAUCUAUAAGCAAAAAUCAGACCGCAAAUCUCUAAAAUUGAAAGUCAUUCGCCAUUCUCUAGAGAAAAUCUGUAUUCAAGUCAGCCUAUGCUGCAAAUUAAACCUCGAUUUCGACGAUAUUGACCAGCCUGCUGUUACUUCAUAUUAUUUGGAAACAUUGUAGAUAACUCAAUAUCAACCCCCCCCCCCCUCACCAUACAAAUGAACAUUCGAUAAACCCACCGAAGUCCUAACUACCGGGUAUUUGAAAUAAUUCAUCGUAUUUGCAGUAAAAACACCAAUAAUAAUUCGUCCGAGGCGCGGCGAAUUUGACGAAAUUAAAACCUAACCUGCGAGUUGGUCCCCUACACAAACGUGUAAUUAUAUUCGAAACAAUAAUAUUUUUGUGAUUUUUUAUAUAACCAAAAAAUAACAAUUUAAUAGGUAUAAGCGUGUACACACAAGGUAGUAUCUAUCGAGAUCGACAGAGAAUGGGCAAAACGGUAUAGAAAUCCAUUUACGAGGAGGCAGGAAUCAUACAGGUGCAUUUUAACGGCAUUACACCUGUCCGCACGGCAGUCAGUUCCAGUCACUAAACCUAUGCCCAUAUCUUGGUGGCAGCAUUUUCGUUGUACCUAUUUUUGUUAAAGGUAAAAACAAAACGAGAAUAAGAAAUCCAGUCAGCCGGCUGGAAAUCGCAUCCGUCCGAGAUGGGAAAAAUUUUUUUACACGCACGAUGCUCUCUUUAACGUUUUAACGAAUAAAGUCUCCGUCGUCGACGAUCGCCUCAUCCACGGAGGUAGAAUGGCAGACGCGUCAUCAACCAAUGCUAUGGUGAGAUGAAAUGGAAAACGGUCUUAAUUACAAUCACUGGAGCUUUUAAACCGCAGCCAACGGACGCCCAGUGAAAGCCAACUUUUUAAAAGCAUCGUAUAAUGGCAAGUUAAUUACCUCGCGUUAACCUAAUUAAAGAGCUAUUAGGCCAUAUCAAUGAGCAAUGGGUAUCCUAUACGUAAUAACGUAGCAAUUUUUUGUAUGUGGGGGGGGGGGGGGGUAAACCACGUAAAAUAUGGAAAAGUAUGACGAUGGCUAUAGUUGAAUUUUUAAUCCUAAAUCCUAAGUACGUAAGACUAAGUACGAGUAUAGGUUUAAAUGGUUCUGGUACAACUGUGCUCAAAACGGGCGAUGUCCUUACGAAGGCAAACCGGUUGAAAUAAUCUGAUGAAUAAUGCACAUUCGACUAGUCCAGUUAUCAUUAAAAAGUAAUAACUUUAUAGCUCAAAAAUACAAAAAAAAAUAUACCAAUUAAAGCUUCUGUUGCAUUUGCACUCUAUUAACCCUUAUAUUGCCAAGUUCAAAAAAAUAUUCAUCAUGGCAGAAUCAAACAUUUAAAAAUUACUGAGUAAUGAGUAUAGAUAGGUAACUUCCAAAAAUCGAGCAUUUUUUAAAGCAUUUUGGGCAAUAGGACUCUUCAAUCGGAAAGAAAUCACAGCCGAGGUGAACCAAAUGAGCAUAAAUAGGUAUCAAACUCUCCUUCUCUUACACCCCCCCUCGUCAUCUCUUGUUAGUGCAACAAAAAGAUCUUGACAUUUGACAUUUAUUUGGUUGGGCAAUCAUCAUCUUCGUACGUCGAUUUAUUAAGAUUAAGUAUUUAUUUUUGAAACACCUACUCCUUUAGCCCCCCCCCAUUCAAGCUCCCUUAUAUUUUCUAAUCAUUCAAGGUGGAGAUUUUGUUUAAAAUUUAAAAGAAUCAUAAGUAGGUAUUUUUUAAAGCUCAGAAAACGAAAAAAAAAGGUACACAAGAGCAAUUUGAGGCGGACCUAUCCAAUUAAGUGGAGCUUUCUGAUUUCACAGGCUUCUAGAAGAUGAGCAAAUCUCACAGAUGGAAAAUUUUAUGCUCUACAAUUUUGCAAUUUCCCCAUCGCAAUCAGAUUUGGUUGAACUUUAUUUCUUCUUUUGAAUUGCUCAAAAUAUGUAUUUCAAAAGAUUGAGGACCGUAUUCAUAAACGUUACUUUAGGGAUCGCUUGGCUACGUGGUGAAUUUUGAAGCAAUUUUUCCAAGCGUGAUUGAAUUUUUGAUAAUUUUUUUAUUAUUAAAUUGAGAUGUUGGACUCCGAAGUAUCGAUUUAUCAUUUUCAAAGUACGAAGUUUUUAUUCGUUUACGAGAAAAAUUGGAUGAAAUCUCAGGAAAAAAAAGUCAUCUUAUCCGACAGACGAGAAAUUUUUUGGUGACAAAUUUUGUUUUUUUACAUUUUGUCUCUUCAACUCUUUUUUUUCUUCAAAAAAAAAUGGAUUUUUGAGAAAACGAAAAGACGUAAAUUAGUAAAAAAAAAUUCGCUUAAAUCCUCAAGUUUUCUUCAUUUUUAAAAGCAAAUUUUACCAACUGUUUUAGUUUUUAGUGUCUUUCAACUUAGAAACAUCAAGCAUUAGGUACUGAUUAAGUAGGUAUAAUAUUUCAGGUAAAUGCUAUAAGUAAAAUUAAUAAAAUAAAAAACAGAAAAAUUUUAACGAAAAAUCUUGAAAGUUGAGAAAUUAUUCCUGAUUUUUUUUUUUUAAGUUGGGAAUAUUGAAAAAUUCUUUUCAGGCGAAAGUCAUAAAAAGAGAUAACUGCAGAACAGGUAAUUACGAUCAGAUCUUUUUAUGUAUCAGCUUCUUGUUUUUUGAAAUUGUGAAAAUUAUUGAAUUACUGGUUGAUUAGUGAUUACUUACAUAUUGAAAUCAGUGGCGUAGCCAAGGGGGGGGGGCGAAGGGGGCCAUGCCCCCCCCCCUUGCGAGCGAAAAUUUGAAAGAAAACAUGCAAAAAUGGACGUUUUUUCGUUGUUUGGACCCAUUUUUUCUAAAAAUUUUCGCUCUCGCUUCGCUCUCGCAGUAAUUUUGCCUUCAUUUUCAUGAAAUCACCACACAUUACAAUAGAUUUCCAGAAAAUUACCCCUCAUUUCGAUUUUUCAUGCCUAAAAAUCUGGUUUUGCCCCCUCCUUGAGAAAAUCCUGGCUACGCCACUGAUUGAAAUAAUGACGAAAACAAUUCAGCUCUUGAUAAAAAUUAUCAAAACGUAGCUAAAAUAUAAUGGAAUUUUCACGAAAAUCAUUUUUCAAAAAAUAAUACCUUAGGAAUUAUUAGAAAAUUCUGCAAAAAAAUUUUGAAAUGAUUUGAAGUAGAAAGGGGGGAGGAAAUGGUGGAAAUAUUGAAAAACAGCUCAACAAUCAGUUGACAAAGGGUUUGUAGACCUAUCUACUUUGCAUAGAAUCUUUUUUCUCAUCACGUAACUUUCAAUACAUUCAAGAAUCGACUCUCAAGUAUUGUAUGUAUUAACAAAGAUGCUAUGACAGCCAAAUUUAAACCAAGUAGGUAUCCAGUGGGUCGAGGGGGAGAAAGAAAAAUACUUGAACGAUUGCAUUCAAAUGAUGUUCUUUAUUCUUAUAAUAAAAUGUCGACUAAGCUGAAAUAAGAAAACAAAAGAAACAAAAUCUACAUAGUUAAGAGGUACAAAAAAAUCUAUGAAUAUAAUUUCCAAUUUUCAGAGUAUAAUUUCUGGUUUUACAAAAUUUUAUCCGACUUUCAAGAAUAAGGAACUUGAAAAAAAAAAAUAGUGGAAAAUUCUGGCAUUUUGGGUUACGUACUGAAAUCAACUUCUAAGAGUCUGAUUUUUGAAAACUUGGUGAAUGAAUUGUUUAAAUUAAGUUGAAAUCUCAAAAGUAACUUUCUGACAUUUUGACAGAUUUUUGAAAACGGGAUAAUUCUGUUGUUCGUUUCGUGUUCCUGAAAUGAUGUCAGGAAUUCUAUCAGACUUUUGAAUGCUCGAAAAAAUCAUCUAGAAAUCCUCCUAUUAAUGAUAUUUCAUCAAUACUUAAUCGAUUUUGAAUUUAAUCAAUCAGCACGAAAAUUUGUAUUUCCGUUUAGACGACGAUGGUGUAAUCGAAAUGUAGAAAUUUUCGUAAUCUGAGAACUAUCAGCUCUCUCAAGUCUCAACCAUGACGAUAUUAUUAAUAUUUUGACUUUUGAUCUUUGAUCUUUAAUUUUUGAUUACAGCCGUUUAAAAAUCAAUCAUAAAAAACUAAUGCCACAACAUCCUAGAUAGUCAAAAUAUUAAUUACGGAUGAAGUUCUCGCUUCAUUUAAUAAUUUUUAGCAGCUUUAUUCAAUCAAAACAGUAAGCAUGAAUCUACAUUCGCUCAUUACUUUGUUGGGUGUAUAAGACGAGCUUAAGGAUGGCCAUAAGAUUUUGCAUUUUGAGUUAUCUGUUUGUUUUUUGCGUACAAAACAGCAUAGUUUUGUCGAACAAGGCGGCGGUAGCUCAAAUAACAACAGACGACAACACGUUAUCCAAAUCGAUUGAAUUACCGGCAGACGUUCUGUCAUUAAUGGGAAAUUUCAACGAUUCUGCCAAAUUAUUGGUAAAAAAAUGUUUCAAUCAACAAUAUAGAAAAGAAUACAGAAAAGGAUUCGUCAAAAGCGUGGACACCUUUUUCCUCAACUUUUUCGAAUGCGCAGUUCACACGAGCAAACUUGCGCUGGAACUUUACGGAGUUUUUGAAGAUGAAUUCAAGAAAUCUGAAGUGCAAGAAAUCAUGAAAAAGCAAAGCCCGAAGCUCCCAUUUGAUAUUCUUGAUAUAUUCAAAACGCGUGACCUCCCGUGGAUACACACAGUCGACGAUUCUGUAUUUGAACUUUUCUUAAAAUCGACUCCCAGUGCCACACCAUCAAUAACUGAAAAAUCCUUACCCAAAGCUCGACAAAACAAAACAGCGAUUCUCGAAAAAUUCUUCCGAGGCUGGUAUUACAUCCUUACGGUACGGAAGUAUGACUGUGACGGACUUAAACUCUUCCAUUAUAAGUUGGAUGACAUCUUCGAGCAUAAUGCAGCUCAUUUCAUCGAUAAGACUUCAUUUUAUAGUAGAUGCGCUGCGAAUUUAGCACGUAGCUAUAUGCAGCUAUGUUCGCUGCACCAUAACUGGUUGCCGACUUUACGGAUGCACUUAUUCACCCGUAAACAUACAGAACGAGAAUUUUUUGCAGAUAUAUUACUCGAUUUCUUACCCCAGUGGUACUUGUCAGAAGAACAAAUAGUAUUCCUAAACAUCAUCCGAUCCACUGGUUUUAUAGAUCAGGCGAUCCAAGCGCUGAAAACUGUGUGUAUACAAAAUCGAUGGACUGGGACCCCUGGAAAUCCCGAACAUCCGGAUUGGACUUACAUUUUUUACGACGAAUCUAGUGUGUGCAGGCAAAUCGACCUCGUGAACGGACCGACGAUUAAAUCGCCUAAUCAUAUCGGAAUUGUUGUCCCUACAAGGAUCAAAAUCAAUUUUGCGGUCUACAUCACUACCAAUUAUCGAUCAAAUUUUUACCAAAAGACUUAGAGGUGUCGGUUACGACCGAAUUUGAAUUUAAAAAAAAUAAAGUUCGAACCUUCCUCUAUCACA